UUCAGUUUGUCUCCACCUGCAUUUUGAACAUAUGACCACAUAUUCACCCUCCUCUCACCUGUCAGGGAAACACACACUGGACAGACUGGAAAGUUUUACAAAACUAUUCAAAAUACUUUAUUAAUGGACCUGAAUGAAAUCACAGGCAGCAUGAGCAGAGGAUAAUGGAGAUGGGAGAUGAAUUGAAGAUCAACAGGAGGAGAGGAGUAGGAGACUGGAAACAGGGACGAAGAGAGGAUCAAGGAGGAGGUUUGCAAAAUCUUGGAGUUCUGAUAGCUGCGUAACCCACAUGCUGCAUCGCCCAAACUCAAAAGGAGUUCAUUCAGGGAUUAUACAUGACCAACAAUCUUAAAAAGCAACAGAUAUUUGAAGAUGGCUCUGUACCAAGACAGUUUAGUGUCCCACAGUCUCCGUGUAGGACAUCUUCAUCUUUUGUCGACCUGGAACGUCUCAGACCACAGCUGGAGAAAAAGAAGGAGAAAUCUUCGCAGAGGAUAAGAGACUAUGGAAGUCCGCUACAGCCAAGACUCGGAGUCCGGAAUGUUGUUGAAGAAUGGACUAAAAGAGGGGAAAGAGGGAAAGGAUUCCCAGGGGAACAUUUCAAAAACGUUCCUGAAGGACCAGCAGGAGUCCUUCUCUCCAUCCGAACCGGUGGAAAACUGCGAAAAGAGCCGGACGAGCUCAGCAGAUCCUGAUUACUGCCGGAGGAUUCUAGUUCGGGAUGCCAAAGGUUCGAUUCGAGAGAUUAUUCUCCCCAAGGGUUUGGAUCUAGACCGACCAAAGCGUACUAGGACCUCGUUCACAGCAGAACAGCUGUACAGACUGGAGAUGGAGUUUCAGCGAUGCCAGUAUGUUGUGGGACGAGAACGAACCGAACUUGCCCGACAACUUAACCUAUCUGAAACUCAGGUAAAGGUGUGGUUUCAGAAUCGUCGCACUAAGCAGAAGAAGGAUCAGGGCAAGGAUUCAGAGCUGCGCUCCGUGGUCUCUGAGACAGCCGCCACCUGCAGCGUCCUGCGUCUCCUGGAGCAGGGCCGGCUCCUCACUCCCCCAGGCCUGCCAGGGUUGCUGCCCCACUGCGGGAGCUCGUCGCUAGGCUCAGCCCUGCGUGGGCCGUCUCUGGGCAUCACCGCUAAUGGAGGCUCCUCCAGCAGCAGUAGCAGCAGUGCCGCCAGCUCAGGCACAGCCGGGGGGAGCCCGCCGCUGCCAGCGGUGACCAGUUCGGGGACAGUCACAGGGCUGCAGGGAUCUUCGCCUGCCCAUGGGCUGUUUAGCUUCCCUAUGCCCUCUCUGCUCGGGUCAGUCGCCUCACGCAUCUCCUCCACCCCGCUUGGCAUGGCUGGAUCCCUCGCGGGGAACUUGCAGGAACUUUCUGCCCGCUUCCUGAGCUCGUCCGCAUUUGAGCCCUACUCGCGGACAAAUGGCAAAGAAGCAUUAGACAAGAAAGUUUUGGAAUGAUCAAUAGGGGUUUCUUUUUGUCCUUUUAUUAUUUUUUAUUGUUGUUAAUGUUUUUUAAUUAAUUUGAGCUCUGAUUAUCUCUCUUUUUUUAAUCACUUUCGCACCCUUUUGUCUCAUCAGUGCUGUUGUGUUUUCAGUCUUGCGUUUUUUCAUGUCGUCAACCUCCACACUUGAUGCCUCUCAGAAUUGUAAAGAGGUGGACUCAUACUUUUUAAAAAUCAAGGAUUUUCAGAGCAUUUUGCACUAAAUCAAAGUUUCUCCAAUUUGACACAAAUGAGAGCUUGAGGAAGGAAUGUAGCAAGAGAUUAUGGAGGGGAAGAGAGAUGAAAAUGGUUGCUGAGGCAAUAUUUUCGGGAAACUUUUUUCCCAUAUACGUUUUGGAGCUGGACAGUUAUAUUCAGAUUAAAAACUAAUCUGAAAUCUGAUGGGUUGGAAAAAAAAACAGUACAGAACAUAGACCCCCGAUAAAAACUGAACUCAUGGCAACAUCCUUCAUGUUUUCAGUUGGAAGAGCGAUCUAAAUGUGUGAUUUUUACGUAGUGGCGUUUACCAAGUCCCAAAUAAUGAAAUAUAUUGGGAUUAAUUUCCAAAGGUGAGCAUACAAUACGGUCAUACUGUGGCUUUAUAUACACAAUUUGCUUACAGAGGUCAUGAAUUUGCCAUAUGAAGCUAUAAGAUCAGAUGUCUAUACCAUUUUGUAUUCGUAUACAAAUAUUUGUAUUGUAUUUGGUUAAACACGUUCUGACUAAAUGGAAGGAAAACGCUGUCACACCGUUAAAUAGUCCAAUAGUAUUCUCUAAAUGGUUUCUUUGAGGGUGCUCCCCAAAACGAGUUUUGAAGGCAGUCUCAGUUUGUGAGUUUGUAUGUCUUAAAUAUGCAGUUUUUCUCCUUUGUGCGUGUGUGUGUGUGUGUGCUGGUACUGAAGUUGUAGUCCUGGUUUAAUGUCCAUGUUAAGGUGCAUGUUUAACUGAAAACCCUUCGAGAAAACUUGAGAUGUCAUUGCCUGGGAUUAAGCUCCGGAGCAUCUACGUGACCCUUGCAUUAUUGGACUAAAUGUGUUUGCUGUGAGCGGCAACCCCUCUACCAAUGCGGCAAAGUUUUCCAGAAGAAUUUGAAGCCCUUUCUAUAAUCAGAGCUGAGACGAGGCGGAUCUCUGAGGGACGAACAGGGUACGAUUACUGUAGUAUAAAAGCAAGACGAUUGAAUAACUAAAAUUGUUAUUUUAUUGUAAAUUAUUGACUUCUGUAAUAAAUAGAUCAUUAGUAUAUCUGCAAAUAAUGAAAGAAUGAAUGUAUGGGGGGGGGAGGUUCUGAUUGAACAGCCAAUCAAAGCUCUGGUGGUGGUGUUGUUAAAUAUCUUGAAGUUUGUGAACCGUGGUAUGAGUGUGGAUAUAUAUUAUAUAUAACUAAAAAAAUCAAAACAAAACAGAUCUCUUCAGUAUUUCAUUCCAUGUGUAAAUUGUAAAUGGCAUGAUGGUGUCUUCAUGUGAUGUUCUCAGCAUCCGUGUAAAUCGUCUAAGGUUAACUUAACACUGCCAGCUCUGCCUGCUCUUGUGAUGUUUGAGAGACACACAGCCUUGCAUGAAUGAAUGUCAGUACAUGUACUGUUGAGGUAUUCAACCUAUGGAGUAUCAGAGUUUCAUUCAGACAGAAAUAUCUCCCAGAGUUACUCAUUGUCUUUGUUU